AUGAAGAUCACUCCCUCGUUCGUCCUUGCGCUUGCUGCCGCCUCUUCUGCGGCUGGCUCGCCUGUGUUCAGGCGCCAGGCAAGUAGCGAUGUGCUGCCCACGCCCGUGGCUUCGGCGCUAUCCAGCGCGACUGGCGGUGUCUCCUCGGCGGCUGGUGCUGCCACAUCGACUGGUGGCAGUGUCGUCUCGAGUGCCUCUUCGACGUCCGUUCCCUCGUCGACGUCGUCGGCUGCGCCCGCCGCUUCCACCGGAAGUUCAGGCUCGUCGACGUUCAACGACACGCAGAUCCUGCAGUACGCUUUGACGCUCGAGCAUCUCGAGGCGUCGUUCUAUAACCAGUCGCUCUCCAAGCUCUCGAGUGCGGACUUUGAGGCUGCGGGGUACAACGCCUCGGUUCGCAACCAGAUCUACUCGAUCGGUCGCGAUGAGGCCGCUCACGUGGAGCUGCUCACUACGGCGCUGGGUGAGAACGCGGUGCCCGCGUGCACGUAUAACUUUUCGAGCGUCACCGACGUCGCAUCGUUCCUCACCACCGCCCGUGUGCUCGAGGGCGUGGGUACUUCGGCGUACCUCGGUGCGGCUAAGAACAUCUCCAACAGCACCUACCUCGAGACUGCCGGUAGCAUCCUCACGGUCGAGGGCCGCCAUGCAUCGUACCUGAUCGCUCAGACCAACGAUGGAGGUAACGCUAUUCCGGGCGCGUUUGAUACGCCGCUUGACUUUAAGCAGGUGUACUCGCUCGCUGCGCCGUUCAUCCAGGAAUGCGCACGAAACGCUACCCUCCCCAUCACAGCUUUCCCCGCUCUUAGCUUGAGCGGCGGUGCGGCGAACGGAUCGUUCACCCCGGGUCAGCAGGUGACUGUGGCGUACGAGGCCAACUCGACGGCGGGCAACUCGGGCUACCUUGCGCUGAUUCAGGGCGUGGCUCAGCCGCAGUUCCUCCAGCUCGAGGGCAACCAGUCGCAGGUGACGCUGCCGAGCAACCUCACGGGCGGACAGAUGUACGCCGUGGUCACCAGCGACAACUCGGGCGUUACCGAUGACAACACGAUUGCGGGUCCUGCGGUGGGAUACGUCAACAUCCCCCUGCCCCAGGCUCCGGAUGCCACCAACUCCUCGUCGUCGUCGUCGGCCGCUUCGGGCGGCUCGACGGCUACGGGUGGCGCAGGUGCAGGCUCUACCGGUGCGGCAUCCAGUGCCGCCUCGGCCACUGCUACCGCGAGCGGAUCCGACUCGAUCGUCUCGUCUGCGAGCGCGAGCGCCACUGCUACCGGCUCCCAGUCGCUCCUCCCCUCGCUGGCUAGCGCGGCCUCGGCCAACAUCCCCACCCCCACCUCGUCGGCCUAA